GUUGAGUCCAGGAGCGCCAUUGAAUCCUAGCACAGAGCAGCUGAGUUGUGUUGUCCUGGUCCCGGUGACCCAACAUGUAUCGACCCAAGCCGACUCUGAAGGACCGGCAGCACCUGUACAAGCUCAUCAUCAGCCAGCUCCUCUACGAUGGCUACACCAGCAUCGCCAACAGUCUCAUCAACGAGGUGAAGCCCCCGGCCAUCGUGUCGCCCUCCGAGCAGCUGAUGCAGCUGGCGAAGACAGGGAUGGAGAAUGACGACAGUGCGGUUCAGUAUGCCAUCGGGCGCUCGGAUACGGUGGCACCUGGAGUGGGUAUCGAUAUGGAAUUCGAUGCUGACAUGCAGUCAAUGUCUCCAGAGGCAUCAGAGUAUGAGACCUGCUAUGUAACAUCUCAUAAGGGUCCCUGCCGGGUCGCCACCUACAGCCGCGAUGGCCAGCUGAUUGCCACAGGCUCUGCUGACGCCUCCAUCAAGAUCCUGGAUACCGAGCGCAUGCUGGCCAAGAGUGCCAUGCCCAUUGAGGUGAUGAUGAAUGAGACAGCUCAGCAAAACAUGGAGAAUCACCCCGUGAUUCGGACACUGUACGACCACGUUGAUGAAGUCACCUGUCUCGCCUUCCAUCCGAGUGAACAGAUUCUGGCUUCCGGCUCAAGAGAUUACACCCUCAAACUGUUUGACUACUCCAAGCCCUCAGCAAAAAGAGCGUUUAAAUAUAUACAGGAAGCAGAAAUGUUGCGCUCAAUCUCCUUCCACCCAUCGGGUGACUUCCUGCUGGUGGGAACGCAGCACCCCACCCUCCGCCUCUAUGAUGUCAACACCUUCCAGUGCUUUGUGUCCUGUAACCCGCUGGACCAGCACACAGACACCAUCAGCGGUGUCAGCUACAACCCCUCGGCCAACACCUACGUCUCCUGCAGCAAGGAUGGCAGCAUCAAGCUCUGGGACGGUGUCUCCAACCGCUGCGUGACCACCUUCGACAAGGCCCACGAUGGCGCGGAGGUUUGCUCCGCCGUCUUCUCCAAGAAUUCCAAAUACAUCCUGUCCAGUGGCAAAGACUCCGUGGUGAAGCUGUGGGAGAUCUCUGCAGGCCGGACGCUGGUCAAGUACACAGGUGCAGGUUUGAGCGGACGUCAGAUGCAUCGCACGCAGGGCGUGUUCAACCACACGGAGGACUACGUGUUGCUGCCUGACGAGCGCACCAUCAGCCUGUGCUGCUGGGACUCACGCACGGCUGAGAGGAAAAACCUGCUGGCUCUGGGACACAACAACAUCGUGCGCUGUAUCGUCCACUCGCCCACCAACCCCGGCUUCAUGACCUGCAGCGAUGACUUCAGGGCUCGUUUCUGGUACCGCCGCACCACCACAGACUGAGACUCCCGUGUUUCCACUUUACUGAUGUUCCUCCCCAUUUCAUACUCCCACCCGAACAGAGACCCGAUCAGAAUGUUGGACUCUUCUGCUGAACUCAUAACAAACUUUCUGUUGAUCUGUGUCAUCUUACAUUUUGAUUUCAUUUGAAACUGUGCAGUGGAGUUUUGGGGACAGAUCUUUAUAAAACAUGUUUUCAUGAGCUCUACACUAAAAAUAGCGCACCCACUUGAUUUGAUGAAUCCAUAUAGACUUUGGAAUAUCAUUUUUAAGAAUCUAUUGGUAUAUUUCCUAUUUUUAUCAAAGAGCGUGGCCCUUUCAUUUUGACAGCAGGUCUUAUCAAUGACAUUUUGUAUUGCUCUCACUCAAAACCACUCAGUAGCACUCAAAUAUACCUUGCUUGUGUUUCGACUUCAUGCACUCCGGCUUCAGCUCUUCUCCUCAUGCUCAUGUUUCUGCAGCAUAUGGAGCGUCUGCUCCCAGAUAAUUUUUCUGCUUUGAUUAUUGAUUAUCCUUUUUUUGUCCAACCUGCCUGUCAAAAUACCCAUCCAGUAGAAGACCAGGUGUAGUUAUGACAAUUGAUGUUCGUUGGUGCUGUUCCCAUGAAAUACAGAGGGAUAGAAACAGGGCAGCAUCUCUUUUGAUUUCGUAGUUGGCAGCAGCAGUUUUCCCAUAUUAUACAAACGUAAGCUUCUUGAUUUUGCAACUCCUCGCUGACCACGGAUAUGCUGGACUGGUAAUUUUUCUUCAAGCACACUGAUGAGAAGCCAGUAUUGUGAUAAAGCUCUGGAAGGCGUGAGUGCAUUAACUUGCUUAAAGUUACUACCUGUACAGGACUCUCAAUGACGUAAAGCUAACACUGCCAUAAUGAGGGUGAGACAAUUUCACUCAUCUCCACUACACCCAGUAUUCCAUUGGUUGUGAAAUUUCGAUGCAUGAAAAAUCACAGAGCAGAGGAGAAAUCUGAGAAGUUUGAGCACACAGAAGCAAGGUGAGCGUGAGAAGAGCUGAAGCUGGAGCGCAGGAAAUCUAAGCACAAACAGGGUAUAUUUGAGUGCAAGUGCAGGGUUUAGAGUGAAAGCAUUACAAAAGCUAAAUGUGAAAUCAGUGCUCUCAAACUGUAAGACCGCACUCGUGAGUUAAGAGAGGAAAAAAACUCCAUAAGAAUCAGAAUGUACAUUACCUGCUGAUGCUUUUCCCUGUGACUUGAAGGCCGACAGGAAGGUGAAUAAUGAUUAGAACAAGAAAUACCUGUUUCUGUGUCUGUAUGGGGACCUGACUGUUUUAAGUCGAAUUUGAGUGGGUAAGUGAAUGGAAACACCUUGUGAGUGAUGCACUGAACUUUAGUCCGACUUCUCUUUGUGGAAACUUCAUGUGUAACCCUCACAUCUCACACGUUUAUGUCGUCAUUUUGACCACAGAGCUGGGUUUGUUAUCUUUUCCACUUUUAUACAAUGUCCUUGAUUUUUCUUUUUAUUAAACUAUUAAAA